AUGGCUAUAACACCAGUCUGUCAGUACAGUAUCCUGGACACUUCCAUGGCUAUAACACCAGUCUGUCAGUACAGUAUCCUGGACACUUCCAUGGCUAUAACACCAGUCUGUCAGUACAGUAUCCUGGACACUUCCAUGGCUAUAACACCAGUCUGUCAGUACAGUAUCCUGGACCUCUCCAUGGCUAUAACACCAGUCUGUCAGUACAGUAUCCUGGACACUUCCAUGGCUAUAACACCAGUCUGUCAGUACAGUAUCCUGGACACUUCCAUGGCUAUAACACCAGUCUGUCAGUACAGUAUCCUGGACACUUCCAUGGCUAUAACACCAGUCUGUCAGUACAGUAUCCUGGACACUUCCAUGGCUAUAACACCAGUCUGUCAGUACAGUAUCCUGGACACUACCAUGGCUAUAACACCAGUCUGUCAGUACAGUAUCCUGGACCCCUCCAUGGCUAUAACACCAGUCUGUCAGUACAGUAUCCUGGACACUUCCAUGGCUAUAACACCAGUCUGUCAGUACAGUAUCCUGGACACUUCCAUGGCUAUAACACCAGUCUGUCAGGACAGUAUCCUGGACACUUCCAUGGCUAUAACACCAGUCUGUCAGUACAGUAUCCUGGACACUUCCAUGGCUAUAACACCAGUCUGUCAGUACAGUAUCCUGGACACUUCCAUGGCUAUAACACCAGUCUGUCAGUACAGUAUCCUGGACACUUCCAUGGCUAUAACACCAGUCUGUCAGUACAGUAUCCUGGACACUUCCAUGGCUAUAACACCAGCCUGACGGUACAGUAUCAGCCUCACUGCCUGCAAUGAUCGUCACCUCUGCUUGUUAAACCAGCUCUUUCUCUGACACUGAAGGAGUUAAAAGACAGAGAGUCACAUCUCUGAGCCUCAGUGGCUUUUAUCGGCAGCUAAUUAAAUCUCCCGCUAUUCAUUUGACGUAAUGUGGUUUUAAUUUGAUUAGAGGCCGGGUCAGGAAGAGGUUCCAGGAAGCAGCGGAAUGAGGAAGAGGGGAGAGAGAGAGAGGUUGAAGAGAAAGAGAGGUUGAAGAGGAAGAGCGAGAGAGAGAGAGAGGUUGAAGAGGAAGAAAGAUAGGUUGUUAACACAGGACAAAUACAGUACUGUGGGUGUAUGAUAACCUUAUUACAUAAUCUACCAGGGUGUAAGGAGAGGGGGUGAUGGGGGGAGAUCUCUAUAGGGUGUAUGGAGAGGUAGUGGGGGGAGACCUCUACCAGGGUGCAAGGAGAACAGGAGGUGGUGGGAGGUCUCUACCAGGGUGUAAGGAGAGGGGGUGGUUGGGGGAGGUCUCUACCAGGGUGUAAGGAGAGUCCAUAAAGAGAAGGGUGGACUGUAUAAGGAGGCUAUAAAGCACAGCACAAGGACUGGUCCUGGAAGGGUUCUGCUGCGCUAGUUGCUUCUGGAGGGUGCCAUUUUCCUGAAGGAUGGCACCAUUUUGCUGUGGUUGGGCACCAUUUCGUUGCAGUGUCUUGUGGGUUGUUUGUAGGUUACCCUGUAUGUCUCUUAGCAUGCCUAGGAUGAGCUGUAGCAGUUGGUCCUUAUCCUUCUCCUUCUGCCCCUCUGCCUUGUGUGUGCCAUAGUAAACUAAACUGUCUUCCGGAUCCAUCGCAGCAAUCAAAUCCGGCUCCAAGGACCGGUAAAUUGUGUGACUUGGGAUUAGAUGUUGUGUUCUGGAGGGAAUACAAAGAGGCGAUAGCUACGACACAUUAGCAUACAAAACAAAGUGUCAUAACUAAGUAUAACAUACAUGCUAACCAAACAAAGGACAUUACCAAUAUCUAUGGAACUCGGGCUAUAAGGCAACCAAGGAAGCAUUCUAAGGAAAGUAUAGCAUCAUAAAUGGUCUGAUUGGCAAUAACUAGUUUGAGUUAACUGAACUCGGUUUGAGUUAAUUGAACUUGUUAGGUUUCACAGAUAUUGGUGUCCUCAUGGUGCUGAAGAUGAAUUCUGUCUCUGCUACAGUCUGAACGUGUACCUUUUUUCUCCUUGCUGUCUUGCUAAAAUGAGUAUUACAGAGAAAAAGCUGGUUCACACUAGCGAUCUCUUGUUUGGUAUUCAAGGUGUGGUAUCCUCCGAGAUUAAUUUAAAGGUGGACCUACAGGGGGUGGAUGCAACCUUUAAUUUUUGUGUUGAAUGGAUAAAUAAAUUACAGUGGGAUCGAUGUGGAUUUAAUCUGCCGUGCCUCUUGACAUCCAUCCAAGAGUCUCUCCCUCCCAUUUUCAGCACCCAGAAGACUGAUGAUAGAUGAGUUGCCUACUCUCUACACCCACCCCCCAUGCUAGUGGCCAGCCCUAACACACAUAUACACAUACAAGGAAGACACAAACAUACUGUAAAAUGUAAUAUAGUACUACACAAUUAUACUGAGAGAGGAAUUUAGAUCAAUAACAGUAAGAUGCUGCAAGGAGAAAGCAAACUUCACCGUUACAUUUUUAUUUCAUUUGAACACUGACAAUGUUGAAUGAUUUCCCCACCGUUCCAACACAGACGGACAGACAGUGCUCUGGACUGAUCACAGAUCCAUCUAAAGUUACCCUUCUGGAUUACCCUCUGACAUCCCACCUCUGUCCCCCAACCCCCAGGCCCCCCAACUCCCGAAUUCCCCAGUCCCCCAACCCCCCAGGUCUCCCAACCCCCCAAGCCCCCCAGGCUCGCCAACCCUCCAGGUCCCCCAACCCCCCAACCCCCAGGCUCCCUGUCCCACAACCCCCCUGUCCCCCCUGUACCCCAACCCCCCUGUCCCCCAACCCCCAAGGUUCCCCAACUCCCCAAGCCCCCCGAGUCCCCAGCCCUAAACUCGCCCCAGCUCGCCCCAGUCCCCAGCCCCAAGCUCGCCCCAGUCCCCAGCCCUAAACUCGCCCCAGUCCCCAGCCCUAAACUCGCCCCAGUCCCCAGCCCUAAACUCGCCCCAGUCCCCAGCCCUAAACUCGUCCCAGUCCCCAGCCCUAAACUCGCCCCAGUCCCCAGCCCCAAGCUCGCCCCAGUCCCCAGCCCUAAGCUCGCCCCAGCUCCAGUGGCCCCUGUCCUGUGACAUCUCAGACCACUGUCUAUUUUUGAGUUCCAAAUGGCACCCUAUUCCCUUCAUUGAACACUAUGGGUUCUGGUCAAAAAGUAGUGCACUACUGUAUAUAGGGAAUAGGGUAUCAUUUGGAAUGCACCCAAUACCCUGUCGGCUCUGUAGGAAUGUAACUAUUGGGAGGGGGAUGGUUGGGGUUAUUUACUGGCAGGGCCAGGCGACCUGUCCCUCCUCACGUCCGCCCCCUGUAGAUUAAGAUGCAGCUGCAGUCGCCACGGCCAGACGAUGGGGAGAUUGAUGGGAAACACAGGGGCCGCAGAGGAGUGGAUGAUUUUUCAACAGCCGCCAAAGAUGCCACCUCAGCAGCGUUGUCAUGUUCGACCAACGUGAAACUACAGGGGUGUCCGCAUUGUGUGUAAGAGAGAGAGAAUAGGUUGUGUGUACAGCAGAGGAGGCUGGUGGGAGGAGCUAUAGGAGGACAGGAUCAUUGGAAUGGCUGGAAUGGAAUAAAUGGAACUGAGUUACACAUGUGGUUUCCAUAAGUUUUUGAUGUGUUUGAUACCGUUCCAUUUAUACCAUUCCAGCCAUUACAAUGAGCCUGUCCUCCUAUAGCUCCUCCCACCAGCCUCAUCUGGUGUACAGGCAUUUGAGUGAGUGAGUGCGUGCACACAGGCUUACAACACAUUGUUACAUUCCUCCUUUAUUUCAACAGGGAUGUAGUAUAUCAAUUGUAGUUAAUAUCUGCCCAUUCAGCGAGAUUGGCUACAGUUAAUUAGCAAUUAGCUUAGUAUGUCAUUGUAAUUAGCAAAACCAUCAUUAGAGUAAAUAGAUGUAAUGUGAAUACACGGUUAAAGCAGCUAUCUGUGUUUAAGGCCCAAAUGGCACCCUAAUACAUAUAUAGUACAGUACUUUUGUCGUAAGUAGUGUGGUAUUUAGAGAAUAGUGUGGGACUUGGGACACAGUCUGUGUGUUGAAAUGGGUGAGCGCUCCGGGUCGAGCAGGGGGCUUGCUGACAAUACUUUCUCAAAGCCAUCUGCCAUUUUCCGCUCAAUUAAUUUGUUAUAGGAAGUGGGAUCAAUUAAGAGAAGCCGGUAAUGGCUUUACAUCCUAGUUUCCUUUUUAUGGCCUAAUAUUUUCUCUUCUCCUCUCUACCAUGAAAAGAGUCUAAUCAAUACCCGGCCUCUUUUUUACUCCUUUAGUCUCAUUUGUUUUCCGCAACCUUUCCUGGCAUGAGGAACAGGCUGUAACAAGGGGUUAGGGUUGGGGUCACACAAACUUUAUACACGGACAGAUGUACAGACGGACAGACGGACGGACAGACGGGUAGACAGGCAGACAGAGAGACAGGCACACAGAGAGACAGGAGAACAAACAGACAAGCAGACAGGCAGACAGAGAGACAGGAGGACAGACAGACAAGCAGACAAGCAGACAGGCAGACAGAGAGACAGGAGGACAGACAGACAAGCAGACAAGCAGGCAGGCAGACAGAGAGACAGGAGGACAGACAGACAAGCAGACAAGCAGGCAGGCAGACAGAGAGACAGGAGGACAGACAGGCAUGGAGACGGUGAGAUCCAAUGGAUGGAGGAGAAACAGACAAUUAUAACACAUUUAUACAAAUGUACAUCCAUGUUUCCAUUUCUCUACUGCAGUCUCACCCUCUUUCCAUCUCUCUAACCAUAGAAAGAGAGGUUAAGAUUCCCCCAGCCAUAGAGACAGAGACAGAUUCCCCCAGCCAUAGAGACAGAGACAGAUUCCCCAAGCCAUACAGACAGAGACAGAUUCCCCCAGCCAUAGAGACAGCGACAGAUUCCCCCAGCCAUAGAGACAGAGACAGAUUCCCCCAGCCAUAGAGACAGACAUAUUCCCCCAGCCAUAGAGACAGAGACAGAUUCCCCCAGCCAUAGAGACAGAGACAGAUUCCCCCAGCCAUACAGACAGACAGAUUCCCCCAGCCAUAGAGACAGAGACAGAUUCCCCCAGCCAUAUAGACAGACAGAUUCCCCCAGCCAUACAGACAGAGACAGAUUCCCCCCGCCAUAGAGACAGAGACAGAUUCCCCCAGCCAUAGAGACAGACAGAUUCCCCAGCCAUAGAGACAGAGACAGAUUCCCCCAGCCAUAGAGACAGAGACAGAUUUCCCCAGCCAUAAAGACAGAUUCCCCCAGCCAUACAGACAGACAGAUUCCCCCAGCCAUACAGACAGACAGAUUCCCCCAGCCAUACAGACAGACAGAUUCCCCCAGCCAUACAGACAGACAGAUUCCCCCAGCAAUAGAGACAGACAGAUUCCCCCAGCCAUAGAGACAGACAGAUUCCCCAAGCCAUAGAGACAGAGACAGAUUCCCCCAGCCAUAGAGACAGAGACAGAUUCCCCCAGCCAUAGAGACAGAGACAGAUUCCCCCAGCCAUAGAGACAGAGACAGAUUCCCCCAGCCAUAGAGACAGAGACAGAUUCCCCCAGCCAUAGAGACAGAGACAGAUUCCCCCAGCCAUAGAGACAGACAGAUUCCCCCAGCCAUAGAGACAAACAGAUUCCCCCAGCCAUAAAGACAGAGACAGAUUCCCCCAGCCAUAAAGACAGAAACAGAUUCCCCCAGCCAUAGAGACAGAGACAGAUCAGACAUCUCUCUUUUAUUUACCACCACUGGGCCCUGAGAGGCAUGAUCACAAUGAAGAAAGGAAAGAGAUUAAUAAAAAUAAAAAUAUGUGUGUUGUCUAUAUGGAGGGUGUUAAGUUGCUCCAGUGCUCCUCCCGUCACAACAUGUAAGAAUUCUGGGCGCCUCUCACUCCCAGCAGGCAUUGGGGCUUAGUGACACAGACGGAGCAGGUCAUCUGUCAGACACAGGCCCCUGAGUGUGUAUGUACAGUAUGAGUGUGUGUGUGUGCAUAUGAGUGUGUGUGUUUCUGCAUGUGUGUGUCUGCAUGUGUGUGUUUGUGAUAGAGACCCUCAGAGGCUGACAGUUAGACAGGCGGAACACCAUUAGUUCAGACUCCUACACUCAUCGCUCAGCCUGCUCUUCCAAAGGGGCUGAGGAGGAUUCAAGAGGUUGUCAUAGUGACUGUUCCCCUGGAUACACAACUCACAACACUUCCAGACCAGGAGCCCUGGGGGGCGGAGCUCCAAUGGCCUCUGACCUAUCACGACCUGUCAAGGUCUUGUGGAUGGGCUUUAGGUGGAAGAGGGGAAGAGGAGAGGUGGAGAGGAGGGGAAGAGGGGAUCGUCCAUGUUGUAAAUGUAGCUGAUCCUCUGUCAGCUUCAUGUUAUCCUUUCAGAAGCAGAGUGACCUACAGUGCUGAGCCACUUGGCUUGGCUUUGGUUGGUCUUUGGUUGGUCUUUGGUUGGUCUUUGGUUGGUCUUUGGUUGGUCUUUGGUUGGUCUUCAGGAUUUGUGUGAUGUGAGGGUAAAGACACACUGUAAUACACAAGAGAGUGGAACUCUGUUUGUCUCCUAAUACUAUGUCAGCUGGCUUAAUGGAACUCUGCCUCCUGAUACUACAUCAGCUGGCUUAAUGGAACUCUGCCUCCUGAUACUACAUCAGCUGGCUUAAUGGAACUCUGCCUCCUGAUACUACAUCAGCUGGCUUAAUGGAACUCUGUCUCCUAAUACUACAUCAGCUGGCUUAAUGGAACUCUGUCUCCUGAUACUACAUCAGCUGGCUUAAUGGAACUCUGCCUCCUGAUACUACAUCAGCUGGCUUAAUGGAACUCUGUCUCCUGAUACUACGUCAGCUGGCUUAAUGGAACUCUGUCUCCUAAUACUACGUCAGCUGGCUUAAUGGAACUCUGUCUCCUAAUACUACGUCAGCUGGCUUAAUGGAACUCUGUCUCCUAAUACUACAUCAGCUGGCUUAAUGGAACUCUGUCUCCUGAUACUACAUCAGCUGGCUUAAUGGAACUCUGUCUCCUGAUACUACGUCAGCUGGCUUAAUGGAACUCUGUCUCCUGAUACUACGUCAGCUGGAUUAAUGGAACUCUGUCUCCUGAAACUACGUCAGCUGGCUUAAUGGAACUCUGUCUCCUGAUACUACAUCAGCUGGCUUAAUGGAACUCUGUCUCCUGAUACUACAUCAGCGGGCUUAAUGGAACUCUGUCUCCUGAUACUACGUCAGCUGGCUUAAUGGAACUUUGUUUGUCUCCUAAUACUACGUCAGCUGGAUUAAUGGAACUCUGUCUCCUGAUACUACGUCAGCUGGCUUAAUGGAACUCUGUCUCCUGAUACUACGUCAGCUGGCUUAAUGGAACUUUGUUUGUCUCCUGAUACUACGUCAGCUGGCUUAAUGGAACUCUGUCUCCUAAUACUACGUCAGCUGGCUUAAUGGAACUCUGUCUCCUAAUACUACGUCAGCUGGCUUAAUGGAACUCUGUCUCCUAAUACUACAUCAGCUGGCUUAAUGGAACUUUGUUUGUCUCCUGAUACUACGUCAGCUGGCUUAAUGGAACUCUGUCUCCUGAUACUACAUCAGCUGGCUUAAUGGAACUCUGUCUCCUGAUACUACGUCAGCUGGCUUAAUGGAACUUUGUUUGUCUCCUAAUACUACGUCAGCUGGAUUAAUGGAACUCUGUCUCCUGAUACUACGUCAGCUGGCUUAAUGGAACUCUGUCUCCUAAUACUACAUCAGCUGGCUUAAUGGAACUCUGUCUCCUAAUACUACGUCAGCUGGCUUAAUGGAACUCUGUCUCCUGAUACUACGUCAGCUGGCUUAAUGGAACUCUGUUUGUCUCCUGAUACUAUGUCAGCUGGAUUAAUGGAACUCUGCCUCCUGAUACUACGUCAGCUGGCUUAAUGGAACUCUGUCUCCUGAUACUACAUCAGCGGGCUUAAUGGAACUCUGUCUCCUGAUACUACGUCAGCUGGAUUAAUGGAACUUUGUUUGUCUCCUGAUACUACGUCAGCUGGCUUAGUGGAACUCUGUCUCCUAAUACUACGUCAGCUGGCUUAAUGGAACUCUGUCUCCUGAUACUACGUCAGCUGGCUUAAUGGAACUCUGUCUCCUGAUACUACGUCAGCUGGCUUAAUGGAACUCCCUGCUUUUGCGCUAAUGAUUUAUACACCCUCCCAAACCUGUUGACAGACACACACUCAUUAAGAACCUAGUGGUCAAUCCUUUGGCCUGUGAUGCUCUGUGUGCUUUAGGCUCACAAGGUGCCACUGUGAUGGUGGUCGAGGUGGUACGGUGAUGGUCUAGAAGGCCUUAGGCAUUCCUUUUCAGGUGACGUUCAAAUCAAUAGCCAAUGUCAUCAGCCACCGCUGGGUUUAGCCAUGGUGAUGGUCUCCACGUGUUGGGUCCCACACCCACUCAUAACACCACCACACCACCAUACCAUCUCACACAAACUGCGUCCAAAAUGGCAACCUAUUCCCUAUGUAGUGCCCUAAUUUUGAGCAGGUCCCAUAGGGCUCUGUUCACAAGUAGUUCACUAUAUAGGGAAUAGGGUACCGUUUGGGACACAGCCUCCAUCACAACCAACCCAUUUAUCAUAUCCAUCACAGUGAACUCAGGGCUUAAUGGGGAGUCAAUCAAUAACUCUUAGGGGUUAGACUGAACCAAGAGGACUGUGCUGAGUCCUGAAACUAAUACUAAUGGGCCCCAGGCAUCCCAUCUCCAACAUGCCACACAUCACUGUCUGUCAGGCCACAACCCUAAAGGGCCAUUGUGACCAGAAGCCGCAGACGCGUUGGUCAUCCUCUGGUGACAGUCAGUGAGUGGUGUCCGAGUUCUUCCCAGACCCGCUCAGUCAGGAGGCUGGUGGGCUUGAAUUCCGGGGUCCGGUUCCCUUUUUUAGGGCAAUGUGAACACAAAGCUCCCCAGGUUCGCUUGUCAUUAUUCCCGCCCAACACACUAGACUACUGCAACAUAAUUUCCCCUGCCACAACCCCUUACACUGGUGCCACAAAAGAGAGAAGAUGAUGGUGUGCAGGUUCGCGGAAGAAACGUGCUGUUUUUGGAUAUUAAUUAGCGAUUGUCAAGGAUGCACAGGUAGUCACUUUAACUCUACCCAUGUGUACAUAUUACCGCAAUUACCUCGACUAACCGGUGCCCCCGCACAUUGACUCUGUACCGGUACCCCCUGUAUAUAGCCUCCCUACUGUUAUUUUAUCUUUACUUAACACUUUUUUUAUUUUCUUAAAAACUGCAUUGUUGGUUAAGGGCUUGGAAGUAAGCAUUUCACGGUAAUGUCUGCACCUGUUGUAUUCGGUGCAUGUGCCAAAUAACAUUUGAUUUGAUUUGAUUCCAAAAUAUGUGUGUAGUUUUUAGUUCAAUAUUAUUUGUUUGUAAUGUGUGAUCUAUAGGCUAAGAGAGCUUCAUAAGCUGUUUAUUUAAUUGUGGGGUUUGAAUAGUGUGAGAUGACAACAUGUUCGGUGAGGAUCACAACAUAGGACACAAAAUCAAUUCUAACUCUUAAAGGGGCAGUACCCUACUUGGGUGUACAAUUUUCUAUUACAGCAUUAUUUAAUCUGCAGUUAUUCUUCUCCUAUUUAUUCUGUUAAUAAUAUUUACAUGUUAAUAGUAUCUUCUGAUUACAAUUAUUAUGGCUAAUCUCUUAACUAAAUGCAGUCUAUUAGCUUCCAAAAUGUAGGUAGGAAUAUCUAGCUGUCCGAUAACACGUUCUGAUGGUAUGGCUUGUCCUGCACUUUGUAAAAACCCAGAGUGCAUGUUGGAAAAAGAUCUUGGUUCCUUUCUAAACAUAGCAAUGUGAAUGCAAAGAGGACUCGGGCCACAAAAUAGGUGAAAUGAACUGGGAAAAAAGACUUGAGUCCUCAGAGUUAACUUUAAAGAGGACUAUAUGUGAAAACCUUGCCAUAAAUGUUCUGACCGAGUGGGCCGGAGAGGAACUUAGACACCACUUACUGACUGUCACCAGAGGAUGACCAAUGCGUCUGGGGUUUCUGAUGACAACAGCACUGGGCUCACUCUGUUAGGAUAGGAUGCUAAACAAGAGAGAAAAUCCACAU